AUGGCGAGGCACUGUAUUACUGAUGAGGAAGCUAGCCACUUACUGCUACCAUUCUCACCGGAUGAUGUGAAGCAAGCAGUGUUUGAUAUCGCUGAAGACAAAGCGCCGGGACCUGAUGGUUACUCGUCAGGGUUUUUCAAAGCGGCUUGGCCUGUGGUGGGGGAAGAAGUAACGAGGGCGGUUACUCAAGCAGUGUUUGAUAUCGCUGAAGACAAAGCGCCGGGACCUGAUGGUUACUCGUCAGGGUUUUUCAAAGCGGCUUGGCCUGUGGUGGGGGAAGAAGUAACGAGGGCGGUUCUGGACUUCUUUACUACCGAAAAACUACUAAAACAGAUCAACUCCACGAUUUUGACUCUAAUACCAAAGAGACUGAGUAGCUUGCUAGACAAGAUUAUUAGCCCCUGUCAGACAGCUUUUAUUCCGGGAAGAAGCAUUGGUGACAACAUUAUGCUAGCCCAGGAACUAUUCUCAGGCUAUAACCAGAUGUGCCUACCUCCCAGAUGCGCGCUUAAAGUGGAUAUCAGAAAUGCCUAUGAUACGGUGGAAUGA